AUGUACAUGGACGACCUCAAGAUAUUCUCGAACACCGAGAAGGGACUAAAACGGCAGCUCAGAUGCGUCGAGAACUUUUCAAAUGAUAUUCGAAUGAGGUUCGGUCUGGAGAAGUGUAAAAUUGGCAGACUUCAUAGAGGAGAGUGGCGUCAGAUGGACGGCCAUCAGCUUACACAACAUAGUGGUGGUGGAAAAAUAACGACGCUGGAUAAAUUUGAAACCUAUAAAUACCUAGGUCUUGCCCAGGCGCGAGGAAUAGACUCUAUAAGUGUCAAGACGCUGCUCACCGAGAGAUUUAAAGAGAGAGUCAAGCACAUCUUAAAAACAAGAUUGGCAGGCCGUAACAUGGCGACUGCAAUCAAUUCCUACGCCGUCCCUGCAGUGGCGUACAGCUUCGGCAUCGUCGAUUGGACGUCGACCGAGCUUGAUGAUCUGAAUAGAACCUUAAGGACAAGUCUAACUAAAUUCCGCGCUCACCACCCACGAGCUGGCAGAGAGAGGGUACAUCUACCUCGAAACAUCGGAGGCAGGGGAUUCUCGGAUUUGCGAAUAUGCCACAAGACCCAGGUGGAGCGACUGCAGAAAUACUUCCAUCAAAAAAGCGAGAGCUCAGCGCUCCACCGAGCAGUGACAGGUCUAGAUAGAUCACUUACACCCCUCAUGUUGCAGGUCACACACUAUCAGUGCGACCCUAAGUAUUCAAUUUUCGAGCUCGAGAACCAGUGGCGGGGAAAGGAACUACACGGCAGAUACCCAAACUUGCUUGAUAGUGCUGACCUUGACAAGCCCGCAUCAGUUGGCUGGCUAACGAACGGCAACCUUUUCCCCGAGACUGAGGGUUUCAUGUGUGCAAUUCAGGAUCAGGUCAUACCCACUCGGUCUUAUCUUAAACACAUAAUCAAGGACCCGACAGUAACAACAACGAAUUGUCGCAUAUGUGGAGAGGGCCAUGAGAGUGUUGAGCAUCUCAUCAGUGGGUGCCGGAUACUGGCUCCGAAGGACAACGUAGCCAAGAUAGUCCAUCAGGAAAUAGCCUUCAACCUUAAUCUUCUAAAAGAGAAGUGUCCGCACUACCGAUACUCACCAGAAUCCGUGCUUGAAAAUGAGGGAUUUAGGAUAUAUUGGGACAGAACUAUUCAGACCGAUCGCACUGUCCAGCAUGACAGGCCAGAUAUUCUUAUUUAUGACAAGGCAAAUAAGGUGGUGACCCUCGUCGACGUUGCAAUUCCCGCACCUAACAACCUGCAGAAGAAAGAACGUGAAAAAAGAGAAAAAUACAUACAGUUGGCGGAUGACAUAAAACAGACAUGGCGUGUCGAUAGGGUUAACAUUGUUCCUAUAGUGAUCGGUGCAAUGGGAGAAAUACCAAAGUCCCUCAAAACCAACCUGACAACACUCACCGUAAAACCAGGGGCCUACUUUGAAAUGCAGAAGUCUGUGGUACUAGCUACCUGCAACAUAAUUAGAAGAGUUCUUAAUCAACCUCAACUUCAAUAG